AUGUCUUACGAAUACGACAGCCGGUACCACCACCGCCCGCGCCAUGACUCCCACUAUACAUCAAGAGAGACGGACCCCUAUGGCUACGCGAGGAGCGACAAGACUCUAGCUGAGGCGCGCGAGCAGCUGGCAGACAUGCGCCAGAGCAAUCCAUACACUUCGUCCUACACUCCGUCCUACAACACCUACACCUAUGAGCCCCGCACUUCUCCACCCCUGCCACCUCGACGACCCGCGCCGCAUUCGUACAGGUCGCACAGGCAGGAGCAGACAUGGCCGCCGUCACCGAGCGUCGAGGACGAGAGGGAGGCGCUAGCAAAAGAGGCGCCGUCCUCCGCGGGGUCGCCAGGGCAGGCCGAGGGUGAGCCGCCGAGCAACACGCGGGGCACCGUCGACCAAGACUCCCUGCUCGACGAGAUUGAGCAGCCGAGCGUCGCACAACACGACCGCCGCUAUGUGCUUGUUUCCGAAUCCAGCACCGAUGACGAUGGCAACACGCUUCGGGACCGGCGCCGGCGCAGCUUUGCUGACCGUGGGGGCAUGUCGCACAUCAACACCGACGUCCCAGACCCUCCCGUCUUUACUGAGCGCGUGAGGGCGCCCUAUGGCUACUCGAAGCCCCAGAAGGAGUCUACCGCGCCCUCGCCUGCAGACUUUAUGCGCUCGCCAGGACCCAUUACGCCUUCGAACAGCAGCCAUCCCAGGCCAGAUGCGAGCAGACCGUCGAGACCGAUGCCAACUGAAAGCCGACACAAGUCGUACACGUCGCCAGCGUCCAAGAAGGAAUACGUAUUCGACUCCGACUCCGACUCCGAAGCGCACAGCACGACCCACCUACGAACCGAACGAAAGCCCGCGCGUUACAGCUUCGUGAAGAGCGACCUACAAAGGGAGGAUCUGAGGACAAACCUGCGCGAUACACAGGAGAGGCCCGAACCGCGUCGACACGACUCCGGGCAGCGCCCCCUGCCGACGAUACGUAAGGGUGAUUCGUCAGGCUCGUACAAGGAGUACCCCAAUGCUGAGUCGCCGCGGUCGUCUUCGUCUUCGCUCACGCCCGUUGUCCAGACCAAGCUCGCCAUCGUAUCGAGCGCCCUCGCCUCAGCUGCCCACCCGAUUGCGAGACUCUCCUCCAGACUCUCGACCAUCGUCCCGCGGUGGCCCGCGGCCAACCUCCCCGCUCGUUUCUUCGUUCCACCCUUCUUCGCCGGGCCGCGGUCGCAUACCCGUAUCAGAGUCAGAUUGGCACGCCACCUAUCCUCCAGCACCUUCCGACGACAGGUCAAGACAACCCUCUCGAUAUGGCAGACACGACACCAUGCCACUCCCGAGGCCUCGCAUCGAUGUGCACAGUCCGUCUCCUGCAAGGCAAUCCACCAGCGACUCUUUACCAUACCCCAUUGA